UCCCCUUUCUGCAGACAGACUAGAAAAAGAAAACAACCCGAAUAAUUUUGGAGGCAUUGAGAAUGGAGGGUUGGGACCCGAACACGAAAUCGACUCUGACGCAGAUACCUCUGCUGUCGACCAAGGCCGGUCCACGCGACGGAGCUCUGUGGACGCAGCGGCUGAAGGAGGAGUACAAGGCGUUGAUAGGUUACACUUCCAUGAAUAAGUCCAAGGACAACGACUGGUUCCGGAUCUCCGCCGCCAACCCCGAGGGCACACGGUGGACCGGCAAGUGCUGGUACGUCCACAACCUUCUCAAGUACGAGUUCGAUCUCCAAUUCGACAUCCCCGUCACCUACCCUUCCACUGCCCCCGAACUCGAAUUGCCCCAACUGGAUGGCAAGACCCACAAGAUGUAUAGAGGAGGGAAGAUUUGCUUGACUGUGCAUUUCAAACCGCUCUGGGCUAAGAACUGUCCUAGGUUUGGUAUAGCGCAUGCUCUUUGUUUGGGUCUUGCACCAUGGCUUGCAGCGGAGAUUCCCAUUCUUGUGGAUUCUGGUAUGGUUAAGCACAAAGAUGAUGCUGCCUCAUCUAGUGAGUCGUAGCAAUUCUUUGUUGUAGGCUGACGUUUAGCUUUCUGAGAUCUUAGCGUGAGCAAAGAAUAAAUCUCCCGAGUCAUUAAGCAUGCGAUUUAUGCAUGUCCUUUGAAGUGUGUAACAUGUCCGCUGAAAUUAUAUUUACAUGAUCUGGAACAUAUUCUUGAAAAGCUUCUUGCAUAAUAGAAUAUAAGCAUCCUUUAUGUGAAUUGAGACACCUUUCUAAUAAGCUUUUUAUGUGCUAA